AUGUCAGCGGCUCUGCCUCCCGACGAGAACCGGGCCGUGAGCCUGCUCUUAUGCUUCUGGGUCCCCUUCCCCUUCACGGUAGGGCUGGUCGUGACCCGCUUCUACUGUCGGGGCAUGCGAAAGGACCUGGGGUAUGACGACUGGACGAUCCUCGUGGCAUGGAUGCUCUACACCGCAGCGGCAGCGAUGAGCACGGCGAUGGAGCUGCGCGGCGGGGCGCGCCACGUGGCCUACCUCAGCGCGGAGGAGAUCCUGUACAUCGGCAAGAUGCAGAUCAUCAACCAGUUCCCGGCGGCGCUGUCGGCGAUGUGCGGCAAGAUCAGCGUGGCGCUGUUCAUCAUGCGCAUCUCGGGCCGCACCUCCAAGUGGCGCCGGUGGUUCCUGACCGUGCACAUCGUGCUGUACUUCUGCCUCACCGUGCUGAGCCUCUGCAUGCUGAUCGGCCAGUGCAAGCCCGUCCAGGCGCUGUGGGACAUGAGCCUGCGCACCUCGGGCCAGGCCUCGUGUCUGGACGCGCGCAUCAACACGGAUAUCACCAUGCUGCACAAAGCCUUCGGCGCAUACCUCGACUUCGUCCUCGCCCUGCUGCCGCUAAGCUUCAUCAUCGACCUAAAAGUCAGCCUCCGCAAGCGCAUCGUCCUCUUCUGCAUUCUGAGUCUGGGUAUCGUCGCAGGCAUAUGCGCCUGCAUCAAAACCAGCGAAUUCAUCCCCGCCACGGCCGGCACGGACCCCACCUGGGACGGCUACGCGCUGUACCUGUGGGCCUUCCUCGAGAUUCCCCUCGUGAUCAUCGCCGCAUGCAUCCCGCCCUCCAAGCCGAUCUGGGAUUUUCUGGUGAAGGGGCAACCCAUCCGCCCCUCCACCAACCACAGCAGCAGCAACUAUACCGCCUCCGGCGGAUCGACGGGCUCGUACCGCAUCGGGUUCGUGAAGACCUCCGUGCGCGCGCAGAAGCAGAAGCACGCCCAGAAGAAAACCGGCCAGGCGGAUGACGGGGUGAAUUUGAUUUUCCACGGGGGGAAGGGUGGCAUGGGGACAGCAACGAAGGGGAACAAGAUUCAGCAGACGGUGUUGAUUACCCAGACUUCGAGGGAGAGGGGGUCGCCCAGGCAGUCGGAGACGAGUGUGGGGAGUCCGGUUUAG